UUGGAGGGUUCAUGUGUAGAACGUGGUCUUAUUACUGUGUCUGGGAAAUGUGGUCGGUUGUUAAGGAUUAUUCAUGAUGAACCUUUAUUACCAAGAAUUUCUGAACAGAAUGUUGGCAUCAGAAUGGUGUCAUCUGUAAAUGUGAGUGAUUUACAGAUCUAUUGAUGGCCCCCAAAACUAGGCCUCCAAAACCUUUUCAUGAUGAUGAGGUGAGUGUUACUGGUCUGUAGUCGUUCAGAUAAGGACGCCUGUUAAUUCAGGAGAUGAUGAUAAUAAUGCUUAGUAAUGAUUUAAUGUGUGUAGAGGAUGUGAUGAUGCAAUUAUUUUCUGUGUAGAGGAUGUGAUGAUGCAAUUAUUUUCUGUGUAGAGGAUGUGAUGUAAUGAUGGUGUGUUUGUGUGUGUGUCUGUGUAGAGGACUUGCAGACUGAGAGUAAGGAGAACCAAUGGAUGGGUGUAACAGUAAACAGCCAGGGACCAGGAGGGAAGAUUGUGACAUGUGCCCAUCGCUACCAGCAACGUAAACGUGUGAACUCAGACGAUGAGUCUCGUUAUAUCCUUGGCCGGUGUUACGUGCUGAGCCAGGACUUGACCAUCAAACAAGAACCUGGUGAUGGAGGCGACUGGAAGUUAUGUGAAGGGCGUAAAGCUGGGCACGAGCAGUAUGGCUCCUGUCAACAGGGAAUAUCUGCCACCUUCACCCAAGACCCUUACUACCUGGUAUUUGGAGUCCCUGGGGCAUUCAACUGGAAAGGUGUGGUAAGAGUGGAAAACAGCAGUCUGUUGCAGUUGGGUAUCUUCGAUGACGGGCCCUAUGAGUUGGGUGAGGAUAACCCUGCCGAGAUCCCUGUGCCUGAUAACAGCUACCUGGGCUUCUCUCUGGACUCAGGAAAUGCCAUUACUAAGAAGGACCAGCUGACAAUAGUUGCCGGGGCUCCAAGAGCCAAUCACAGUGGAGCAGUGGUGUUACUGAAGACUGUGUUGUCAACUAACUUACUGGAAAAGGAGUACAUACUGGAAGGGGAGGGGCUAGCCUCAUCAUUUGGCUACGAUCUGACUGUGGUGGAUCUCAAUGCAGAUGGGUGGCAGGAUAUUGUGGUUGGAGCCCCUCAGUAUUUUGAGAAGGACAAGAAGGUGGGUGGAGCUAUUUAUGUCUACAUUAACAAGAAUGGAGACUGGAAUAUGGUCAAGCCCACCAGGAUAGACGGAACUGAGGACUCCAUGUUUGGACUGGCUGUAGAAAACCUGGGAGAUCUCAACAUGGACAACUACAAUGAAAUUGCUGUGGGAGCACCAUACACUAAGGAGGGAGGGAAGGUGUUCAUCUACCAUGGCUCAGCUGAUGGACUCAUUACUACACCUACCCAGGUCUUGUCAGGGUCAGCAGGGACAAAAUUGUUUGGCUAUUCUCUAGCUGGUAACAUGGACCUGGACAUGAACUCCUACCCAGACCUGGCUGUAGGGUCUCUGUCAGACUCUGUGUUUGUCUACAGGACCCGGUCCGUUAUCAACAUUGAGACAAAUAUUAGCACAACCCCUAAUGAGAUUGAUCUAACUAAGAAAAACUGUGGCAACAGCAUCUGUAUGAACGUGGAAGCCUGCUUGUCAUACACAGCCCUCCCUAAAACCUACAACCCUACACUGAGAGUGAAGUACGCCAUUCAGGUUGAAGAGGAACGUAGGAAAAGGGGUCUACCUUCCAGAGUGACCAUCUCCACAGAUUCCAUCAACGAACAAGACUUUAAUGUCACUGGGGUUCUCAGUCUCACUGGACAGGGCAACAUGAAGUGUGUCAGCGCCAAAGUCAAACUACUGGAGAACAUUAAGGACAAACUCAGGGGAAUCUCCAUCCAGGUUAAUGUGGGGAUAGAGAACUCCAAAAGAAAAAGACGACAGGUUCCAGGAAUACCGCCCAUUCUCAACCCCAAACCCCAAAAGCCUGUAAUGGUGAAUUUCCGGAAAGAGGGCUGUGGCAGUGAUAAUGUGUGUCAGAGUAAAUUAAAGCUCCAGCAUCGCUUCUGCUACAAAGAACCCAACACGGAUGAAUUUAGUCCUUUAAAAGUGAUGGAUAACGUGACAGUGGUUUCCCUUAGCGUCCAGAAAGACAUCGCCCUGGAGAUCACAGUGACCAAUGAGAAUGGAGAUGAUGCUCAUGAGGCAACACUGGUUGCCUCCUUACAAUCAACUCUCACCUACUCAGCCGACUACUCUGCAGAAAGGCAAGUGAUCUGUAAGGCCAAUACUAACGGCUCUCAGGCAGUGUGUGACCUGGGGAACCCCUUCAAACGAAACUCAAGGGUGAAGUUGUACAUCAUCCUGAGUACAGCAGGCAUUCCCCUGGACACCACAGACCUGGAGAUAGACCUUCAACUAGGAACGACAAGUGUCCAGGACCCAGUCAAAGUCAAGGCCAAGGCUAAAGUGGAGAUCGAGCUGCAACUCUCCCUCACAGGGCUGGCCAAGCCCUCCCAGGUCUAUUUCUCUGGAGAGACUAAAGGAGAGAGUGCCAUGAAGACAGGAGACGUCGGCAGUCCCAUUGAGUUUGAGUUCAGGAUGAUCAACCUGGGGAGGGCCCUGAAAAUGUAUGGCUCCUCCUUUCUGAUUAUCAAUUGGCCGAUGAAGACGAUAGAGGGAAAUUGGAUCCUGUACUUGAUGAAGAUCAACUCCCAAGGUCUAGGCCAGAUCACGUGCUCUCCAGAGAAAGAGAUAAACCCGCUAAAACUAAAAGAGGAGUCUGGCAGCUCCAGGAAGAGACGAGCCAUCAACGAGACCAACCAGUCAGAAGGAACAAUCUCAGCACUACAGAACAAAGAUAGGAAAUCCGCUACUCUGUCAUGUGAUAAAGGGGCAAAGUGUGUUGAGAUUCGUUGCCCUCUACAUGAUCUGGACAGUAAUGCCGUCAUCCUGCUCCGUUCUCAACUCUGGAACAGCACAUUCCUGAAGGAUUACUCCGAGCUGAACUAUCUGGAGGUGAUAGUGACAGCCUCUCUCAAAGUGGACGGUAUAGCUGAGAACAUGAUCCUGAAAAACACAGAGACACAGAUGAAAGUAACAGUGUUCCCAGAGCGUUUUAUGGCCCAAUACGGGGGAACGCCCUGGUGGCCCAUCGUGUUAGCCAUCUUGUUAGGGCUGCUGAUGCUUGGCCUGCUGGCUUUCCUGCUCUGGAAGAGGGGCUUCUUCAGAGAGUGAGAGAGACACUGUCUCGGGGGUAAACACAUCUAUACCCACCUGUACAUGCCAGGGGCUCUGAGUAGCAAGCAGGAGGGACAGGCGCGGUGCAGACUAACUCUGUAUCGCUAGGGGCAACAUGCUAUGGCUAAUUGACAGGGUGGAAAGAGGCUCAGAGCUAAGAAAUCAACUGCAAUGCUGUUAUGAUGGAAUGGGUAUAUAUGGGUAAUAUGUUCCUUCUUUCCAACUGUUAUUGAGUUAUGGACUGUUGCAUGGCUAUGGGAUGAAUGCUUAUUUUGGUAGAAAAUCAUGAUGCCAUAUAUAUGAAUCAACAGUUCUCUUAUUACGCCAAAGACCCUCUGGGUUGGAUCUUUAUUUUUAUUUUUUUAGCUUUAUUUUGGCUAUGUAUCUGAUCGAUUUAUUCUGAUUAAUCUAAAUUAUGAUCACCAGCAUGACUUGGAUUGACACUUUCUUGUCCUUGUUUACACCAGAAAUGUACUCCAAAUGCAAAUACAACACACAGAAUCUCAACUAAACAAUGACAGCUCUCUUGUGUAUGACGCAAACAAACACAACUGCCUAAAAAGAGAAGGCUGCAAAGCCAAUUGUCCAAAUGGUUUAGUACAUAGUCCUCCAUUUAACUAAUGUUUUAUUUGUAAAUUGUUCAUCAGAUGUGGAUGAAAAUGCCCUCAAAUUAAAGCUUUACUUUA